GAAGCUAGGUGUGUUAAAAAAAAUUCUUAUAUUGCUAUUUUUCUGGCGAACUACUACAUCAAACAAAAACCAUGAUUUUAGAAUCGUGAUCACCGUUCUCGAAAGUAUAUAUGCUGUCACUCCUAGCACAUUGUCACUCCCAGAGACAUUUCUAGCACAGACGGUUUAGCCGAUUUACACACCUAGUAACACACUUUAUUUUUUAUAGUAUACAUGCCUAGAAUCUUUAUCUUUUUAAUACCGAAAUUCCUGCAUCUCCUAAUCUAUCACUCUUUGCUUUAGCAUUACCAUAAUUCCUUCAUUUAGUGGCGGAGCCAGGAUUUCGGUCUAGGGGAGCUGUGCUCCAUAUUCAUUGUCCGAAACCUGCCUACAGUACUGUUGCAACUCUUUAGUGGAAAAAGCCUAAGUCCAAAUGGAGCUAAAAUUUCCUACGGGGAGCUGGAAGGUUUCUAGGGGGAGUUCAGCUCCCCCGGUGGCUCCGCCACUACCUUCAUCUCUCAAUCUAUCAUUCCUUACUUUCUCAAUCCUAUUUAUUCCUUGAUUCCUUCACUCCUUGAUUCCUUCAUUUCUCAAUCAAUCACUCUUUAUUUUCCCAAUCCUAUGAUUCCUUCAUUCCUUGAUUCCUUCACUCCUUGAUUCCUUCACUCCUUGAUUUCUUCAUUCCUUGAUUCCUUCACUCCUUGAUUUCUUCAUUCCUUGAUUCCUUCACUCCUUGAUUCCUUCAUUCCUUGAUUCCUUCACUCCUUGAUUUCUUCAUUCCUUGAUUCCUUCAUUUUUUCAUUCCUUCACUCCUUGAUUUCUUCAUUCCUUGAUUCCUUCAUUUUUUCAUUCCCUCACUCCUUGAUUUUAUCAUUGCUUGAUUCCUUGAUUAUUUGAUUCCUUCAUUUCUCACUCAAUCACCUUUGCUUUCUCAAUACUAUGAUUCCUUCAUUCCUGCAUGUGUAAAGUAAUCCUCAUUUCUAAAUUCCGAUCUUCACCUAACACUGGCAGUAGUAAAUAAGAAUAAAGUCAUUUUCUUCUUUUAUGCGAAUUGUGAAUUGAAAAUUGAUGAAUGCGGACUGGAAAUAAUUCGCCGCGAACUCGUUUCUAUUUUAGUUCGCAGCGUACGCGGAUUCGGCACUAUCUGGAUCGCGUUCCUUCUUCCCACUAAAAGCAUCGGACGUUCUAGAUGAGUGGUUUCGAAUACAUUUAUAUACAAUGCAAUUUGAUAGUGGAUUAAGUCUGUAUAAAAUAUUAAAUGAAACAUUACGAGCCGAAAAUCGCGACAAUUUGAAAGCUUGGUUUUUAUUUUUAAAACUAUUUUUAUCUGCAUUAGAAAAAUUACCAUCAGCAGCACAACCAGUUUAUCGUGGGGUUAAAAAUGUCGAUCUAAGUGAUAAAUAUAUUAAUAGUGAAAAGUUUGUUUGGUGGGGUGUUAGCUCUUGCACCUUAAAUAUAGAAGUUUUACAAUCGGAACAAUUUUUAGGUAAAUUUGGAAAAAGAACAUUAUUUUCAAUUGAUAGUAAAAAUAGUAAAUCGAUUAUAGCCCAUUCAUACUAUAAAAAGCUUGAAAAAGAAGUGAUACUUAUGCCCGGUACUUAUCUUGAAGUUGUUGGUAAAAUAGAUGCUAAUAAUGGUUUACACAUUAUUCAAUUAAAAGAAAUGGAACCGCCGAUUAAAUUUGUUAAACCAGCAACUAAAAUACAGAUGAUAGAGCCAACGCAAUUAAUACAAAAUAUGAAACUAAUGGAGAAAAACCCAGUACAAGGUCUGUAUCUUAAUAAUUUUAAUUUCUCCCCGGGUUAUCUAACAAAAGCUGUGAUUGGGAAAGCUGAUAAAAGACGAAAGUACUUCGCUUCUCGCUAUUCAGAAACGAGGCUCUUUCAGAUGUUAAUUAACUUGAAUACCAGAUGCUAUGGGUAUAAGCACAUCAGAAACUGUUUCAAAUCCGAUAACUAUAGCUUCAGCCGAGCAGCACUUUUUAUAUUUCGAUCGUCGAUAAAUUUUCUUUUGUAGCAGAUUGGCGCACAAAAUUCCGUUAAUGCAGGACCGUUUGAAUACCUACAGAGAAUUUUUAUAAAUUUUAUGUUCCAUAAAAGGCUCCUACGAUUUUCUAACAGCUAUAAAGACGUUGUAUCUCUAUCCAAUAUUUUUUUGAAAAUUCUGAAAAAUAUAUUGACGCUUGGCAGUGUAAAAGAUAAUAUGACACACAUGCAUUCAAGCUUACACUGACGAAAUACAGUUUUCGCGUUAAAUUUUUGAAAGUUUUGGGGCAUUCCGAUGUCUGUUGAGUUGAGACGGAAUCUCAAGUCUCAGGAUCAUCUCCUAUAUAGUAUCUUGU